AAGUCCUUUCAUGGCAUUGAAUCACAUGACUUCAGUACCGGGCGCGUCAUCGAGAAGCCCGUUAGCAGCGAUUUGGAUCAUGUAAACACCAAGCUAACAACCUAGCACGCCACUGUUUGUAUAAGAAUAUAUUGUGAUGGAUUACUUAAUCCGUCGUUUAACCAGAGUUUUCCCAUGAACGAUAGUUAUGUGUUUUGAUAAGCCAUAAACAGAAGAAAUCCAUCUGUGAGCAAGGCCUUCAAGUUAGCAAAUCAGACUAGCGAUUGAUGUGUGGCUAGCUCUCAAGCUAGCUAGCCAGCUAGCUAGCGUUUCUGGCAAGGUUUGUAGCUUGUUUGCUAGCUAUAACGUUGGCUAUGACUAUGCAAGGUGAAACCGCCACGGCAAUACGAAUAUCGGACAGUGAAGGGAAACUGGAUGUCUUUCCCCAGAAAGGGACGCCUGGUAGUUCUGGGAGAGGGAGUUCUAAAGGCUGGCAGUACAGUGACCACAUGGAAAAUAUUGAUGGUUACCUGAUGAAAUACACCAACCUGGUAACAGGAUGGCAAUAUAGGUUCUUUGUCCUCAACAAUGAGGCAGGGUUGUUGGAGUACUUUGUCAAUGAGCAGUCCAGGCCCCAGAAACCUCGCGGGACACUCCCCUUGGCAGGGGCGGUCAUAUCCCCCAGCGACGAGGACUCACACACCUUCACGGUCAAUGCCAUAAGUGGGGAACAAUACAAGCUCAGAGCCACGGAUGCCAAAGAGAGACAGCACUGGGUGAGCCGGCUGCAGAUCUGCACGCAGCACCACACUGAGGCCAUGGGGAAGAGUAACCCUCCGCCCAAGUCUCGCAGCUACUCCAUGGCGUCUCAGGGGAGCGCCAGCUCGCCCCUGUCCCAGCGCAGGCCUAGCCAGAACCAGAACGCUGCCUCCUUCUUCAGCAUGACUCAGCUCCACAAGGGCUCCUCGCUGUACUCCUCCAAGAGGUCCCUGCUGCCCGACCAUCUGCUUGACGCCAGAGAGAUGAUGACCCAGGCCCAGGGCCUGCACCGAGACCUGAUCCAGACCAUCGAGGGCCUGCCCCCGGCCGCGGGCCCCCUCUCCCCGCUGAACCAGGACCUGCUGAUGCUCAAGGCCACCUCCAUGGCCACCAUGAACUGCCUCAACGAUUGCCUGCACAUCCUGCAGCUGCAGCAGGUGGCCCGCCAGAGGAUCUCCCUGGGAGGGCCCACCAUCGAGUGGCUGGAACCCAAGCUGCCGGACAUCCUGAAGAACGGCGGGCCCUUGGACAGCUUCAGCACCGAGGGAGGGCUGCUGGAGGGCGGCCUCCUGGAGCUGAGUGCCUCGGAGCCCUGCAGUUUCUCUGGGGAGGAGAUUGACGGGGAGGACGAGGUAGAGGACGCCUUCACGGAAAAGGAGGAGGAACUGGUGGCGGUGGAGGAGGAGCGCAGUGUCGUUCUACACCUGCUCUCGCAGCUCAAGCUGGGCAUGGACCUCACGCGGGUGGUGCUGCCCACCUUCAUCCUGGAGAAGCGCUCCUUGCUAGAGAUGUACGCUGACUUCAUGUCCCACCCGGACCUGUUCGUAGCCAUCACAGACGGCCAAGGGCCCGAGGAGCGCAUGGUGCGCUUCGUCGAGUACUACCUCACCUCCUUCCACGAAGGCCGCAAGGGCGCCAUCGCCAAGAAGCCCUACAACCCCAUCAUCGGUGAGAGCUUCCACUGCUCCUGGAAGGUGCCCAGGUCAGGGGAACCCGCCAAGGAUGCCCCCUCGCUCCCCUCUCCUCCCCAGGGAAGCCCCACCACCGAGGGGGAGGACGGCAGUUACCAGUUGCGCUUCGUGGCUGAGCAGGUGUCCCACCACCCACCCGUGUCGGGCUUCUAUGCCGAGUGCCCCGAGAGGCGGAUGUGCGUCAACACCCACGUGUGGACCAAGAGCAAGUUCAUGGGCAUGUCUAUCGGGGUGUCCAUGAUCGGGGAAGGCUGCCUGUACCUGCUGGAGCAUGACGAGGAGUACAUGUUCACGCUGCCCUGUGCCUACGCCCGCUCCAUCCUUACCGUGCCCUGGGUGGAAUUGGGGGGAAAGGUAAAUGUGAACUGCACCAAGUCGGGAUACUCCGCAGUCAUCACCUUCCAGACCAAGCCCUUCUACGGAGGCAAACUGCACAAGGUGACGGCGGAGGUAAAGCACAACGCCACCAACGCCGUGGUGUGCCGCGUGCAGGGCGAAUGGAACGGCGUGCUCGAGUUCAGCUACCAGAACGGCGACACGCGCAUGGUGGACGUCACCAACCUGCCCGUCACCAAGAAGCGGGUGCGCCCCAACGACAAGCAAGGACCAACUGAAUCAAGGCGCCUGUGGCAGCACGUGACUGAGUCGCUGCGUCAGAAGGACAUUGAGAAGGCCACGGAGUACAAGAGGAUCCUGGAGGAGAGACAGAGGACCGAGGAGAGACACCGCACUGAGACCGAGACCCCAUGGAGGACCAGAUAUUUUGAGAGCGAGGGCGAAGGCUGGAUGUAUCACAAACCACUGUGGAAAACACCCACUCUGAAAACUUAGUCCUACCGGUCAGCGAGAUCCUAUCAUCGAGAACGGGUGUAGCCACGAGACUGACGCUCUCUUUUGGUUUGUGUGUGGGGUUAUUUCCUAAAUGGUCGAGGUAAAGAGCGACCUCCACUUACAUGCAUACGGCUGCAAAAGUAUUGGGGAAGCCCUGUAACGUGACGACAGGCUAUAUAGUUUCAUCUCACGCUCGCUGUACAGGCUUUUGUACUGAUGAUCACGUUUUGUAUAAUCGACUCUGAAUGAGGACAUUUCUCCUUGCACAGAUAAAAGGUACUCCAUUUACGCCGCCUUAACAAUCGUAUGACGACGCGCUCGUUUGGGUUGUUUAAAGUGUUCAGGAAUCACGAUUCAGCAGAGGGAGGUUUGUUUUUUGUUUUACAGUGACGUCGCACACGAGACCGAGAAUCGAAGUGCAUCUUCAAAGUACACGAUUGACGUUUCGACGGUGUGAACUGGAUAGCCAUACUUUGGGACAUGUUCAUUAGAGCAUGUGACAGAAUGUUUUAAAACACAUUACAAUGGAAAAUGAGUUCUUAUUGGAUAAGUGCAUACAGUCCCUCCGUGUCAGUGAGUUUUCUUCCGUUUGGUGCCUAAUGACACAGCGUGGAUAAGACGCACACAACCUGUCACUACAAUGAACAAGUUUAAAAUGGGGACAAUGUUCCUGAAUUCAUACUGUAGGAAAUGAAUGACAUUACUCCUUUGGUUUUGCUCCGACGUCUCUAUUUGGAUGAUUCCAUCGUUCAGAAUGAUUGACAAGGCUUGGCAUGAUACAGAUAGUAUUUGAAUGAUUUAGACCCCCAAAGUGAAUGCAUUUGUUGAUAUGAGAUGUAUGAUAAAGUAACAAUCAUUCCUUUCGCAGUCCCAAAGGGAUAUAGUCCUCCUUCCUUGCUUGAGGAAUUUUGGAAAAUGGAACGCAUGAUGAGCAUUCUUUUUUUUGGGGGGGGGGUACUGCAAGUAUUAUACUCUGGUUACUAUGUCUGAAUUCCACAAUUUAAUGUUUUGUUAUUAAAGCUUUUAACCAAAUGCAUUUGUUUUCAUAUGCAAACAAAUGUUUUACUUAUUUUUCUGUUUAAGAAUGAAUGUUAAUCUCCUGGAUUUCUCAGUCAGUCUUCUGAUUUUGAGAACAGAAUAACUAAUAUCUAAUAUUUGUUGGUUUUGAAUGUGAUUGCGCCCAUGUGGUGUUUCUUUUCAAAUGCUACAGUUCUCAAAUUUUCAUUCCCCUCCCCAAAUGUAUGUGAAAUACACAGCAGAAGUGGAGUCAUGAACACUAAUGCAGUCAAUAUCAGCCUGGAAAGGUUCCCCCAACCCUUUUUUUUGAUAGGUAGAAUGCAAAGAGAAGACCUGCAUGUGAUUUUAACUCUGCAUUGAUAAGCUACUCUCUCCACGUCAUGGUGCCUUAAGAGAGAUUGCUUAUGUGCUUCUUCCAGUCCAAGAUUAUAGCACCCCCCCCCAGGGCUGGAUUACUGCAUUUGGAAGUCAGCUAAUUUAUAGCAGUUUCAUACUGCUAUUCUACACAUUUUGGCAUGAGCCUGAGAACAUUUUGCUGUUUUUAAAGCUCAUUUUGGGCAAUUAUACAUAUAUCUGGGGGCCCCUGACCUCCAAGGGGAAGCAACCCGUUGAGGUCGGGGACCCCGGGGCAUAUGCCCUGCGUGCCAGUUCUGUAAUCCAGCCCUGUUUGUUUCCCCGUCACCGCUAUGAAUGAUGCAAUGGUAUGUAAAUAUUGAUUAGUUUUGGGGUAUUUGUUGUGUUCUUUCCUGUUUUGAAGAAAGACAUAUUAGUAGCACAGACCCCUGAAUGGUGUUAUUCACGUUGACUUGGUGGUUUGGAAUAUUACUCGUUUGUCUUGCUGACCUGUGAAAUGCACUGACAUUGAAGGAAACAUGACUCUCCUUGUAGACUAAGAUAUGUGUGGUAAUGACAUUUAAAUAAAUUGCCUAUCAAUUGAG